AUGGAUUUCUUGAAUACUGCCUUUGCGCAAAUCAGUGAAUUCUUCAAGUCGAUGACCCCCGCCGCGCGGCUCACCGCUGCGUUGUUGCUGGCCGUGGUCGUCAUCAGCCUGGCCUACCUGGUCAACACCCAGGUCAGUGGUCCCGAUGCCUUCUUGCUCAACGGCCAGAACUUCUCGCCGAACGAAAUGCAACGAAUCGAAUCGGCCUUCGGCACCGCCGGACUCUCCGGGUACGAGAUCGUUGGCACCCAAAUCCGCAUUCCCCGCGGUCAGCAAGACCUCUACAUGGCGGCCCUUGCCUCGGGCGAUGCACUCCCUCGCAACUUCGGCGACUACCUCGACCAGAUCGUCACCAACAGCAGCCCGCUCAUCAGCAAAUCGCAGCAGAAGCAACGCGAACACGUAGCCAAGCAGCGCGAACUUUCGAACCUUAUCAGCCACUUCGACGGCAUCCUGAACGCCGCUGUGCUGUACGACACCAAGAUGGACGGCCCCUUCAACCGUAAUGCCCAUACCACAGCCUCCGUGCAAAUCGAAGCCAUCAACUCCUCGGUGCUCGACGAACAAAAGGUUCGUGCCAUCCGCAAUUUGGUUAGCCAUGCAGUCGCGGGCCUCGAUCCCAAAGACGUGGCCAUCACCGACACGCUCGGUCGUAACUGGUCGGCCAUGAGUUCCGACGGAACCGGCGCCGCCUCAGAAGACCCCUACCUGGCACGUAUGCGUGAAUAUCAACACAUCUUCGAAGACAAAAUCCAAAAGGCGUUGACGUUCAUUCCAAGCCUCACGGUGAAGACCAACGUAGUGCUCGAUCGUGAAGUACACAGCAGCACGGCCAAGGUGAACUACGACAAAAACGCCGUGGCCAUCCGUACGGUGAACGACUCUUCAACCAGCGUCACCACAGGGCCGGGCCCCGCUGGCCGCCCCGGGCUAGCCGCCCAAGGAGCGAACCAAGGUGCCAGCAUCGCGGCCGUGGCACCUCCGCCAGCGCCGACCAGCGAAGAAGAAGCCUCCAGCGAAGAAGUACUGCAGGCCAUUCCCCAUGAAGAAACCAACAGCGUAAAGCACGGGAUGACCCCCACCCAUGUCUCGGUGGCGGUUGGUAUUCCGACCAGUUACAUCCUCGAGGUCUGGCAACAGCAGAACCCCACGGCCGAAGGCGAAGAGCCAGGCCAACCAGAACCGGCCGACUUGGCCCGCAUCGAAGCCGAAGUGUUUGAGAGCAUCGAGAACACCGUGCUGGCCCUCAUUCCCAUCGAUGAAUCGGUCACCGAUCCCUCGACGCUGGUCAACGUCACCACGUUCCAACACAUCCCUGGCCCGCCGAUUGAAGUGGCCGGCAUGGCCACCGCCGCCACCGGCUGGCUCACCCAGAAUUGGUCCACCCUCGGCAUGAUCGGCCUUGGGCUAUUCAGCCUGUUGAUGCUGCGUUCAAUGCUGCGUUCUACCGCAGGCCCUGCCGAACCAAGAAGCCUGCCGAACGCCCCACGUCCUUCGGAUGAUACCGAGGGAGAAGCAGAGAAUCCCAAAAACGAAAAACGCCUGCGGAACCUUCGCACCUCGGGCCCCUCGCUUCGCGAAGAGCUGAGUGAAAUGGUGCAAGAAGAUCCCGCGGUCGCCGCCAAGAUUAUUGAGAACUGGAUCAGCAGCGUUCGCGAUGCCGUAAUCGCCUUGGGUGAGCCCGACCCGGCAGAGCAGCAAGCCGUCAUCCAGGAAUUCAUCCAGAACAACGCCCCGCCGAAAACCAAUCAACUCGAUGGCGUCGAACUCGACAUCGGCCUAUCCGAAAAGCUCGGCAUGCCGGCCGCCAAAACCACGACCGAGCCGACGGCAGCAUCAUCGCUCGACGACGUCGAACCGUUCCGCUUCCUGCAUCAGGCCCAGUCCUCGCGGUUGGCUCCCUAUCUCACCAAAGAACAUCCGCAAACCAUCGCCCUGAUUCUCGCCCACGUCCCACCAGCCCGGGCCGCCGACAUGUUGGCCAGUCUUCCCAAAGACCUGCAGGCCGAUGUGGUUCGUCGCUUGGUGGAUCAACGCGAGGUGAAUCCCGAAAUCGUUCGCGAAGUCGAACGCGGCUUGAUGGAACGCCUGGGCACCGACGCCCUCGACCAUCACCACCGCGCCUCGGGCAUCAACGGCGUACUGGAAAUCAUCCGCUCCAGCCAGCCAGGGCAGGGGCAGGCCAUUCUGAACAACCUGGCCCGACACGGCAUCGAUCUGGGGAACCAAACACGCCCCCAACGAUUCACGUUCGACGACCUCCAUCAGCUCGAUCGCGAUUCGCUUUCUGCCGUGGUCAACGCCGCCGAUCUCAAAUUGCUUUCCCUGGCACUGUUAGACCGGCCCCAAUCGUUUGUCGAACGCGUGACCAGCUACCUGCCGCCCAACGCGGCUCACGAACUGCGAAUGAGCCAACGCUCGCCAGGCCCGGUGCGGCUCAGCGAUGUCGAAGCAGCCCAGCAGCAGUUGGUCGAACUGGCCUCACGGCUCACCGUCGAAGGUCGUGCCCGUUGGCCCGAAGAACAUCUGCUUGUCGCAAGCGAACACGAAGGCGUCGCCGGCCAUGUGGCCUUCAACUUCGACGAUAUGUCGAAACAGGCCGAGGGCUACCUCGAGCAAAUCCGCCUCAAGGCGGCCCGCCUCGUCACGGCCGCUCAGGAAGAAGCCGCCGCCGUGCGCCAGAAGGCCGAGGCCGAAGGUCGCGCCGCCGGACAAGCUGAAGUCGAACGCAUGACCAACGAACAGGUCGCCACACAACUCAAGACCGCCAUCCCCGCCGUUCAAGCCGCCGUGGCCGAAAUCAACAAAGCUCGCGACGCCAGCCUGUUGGAAUGGGAAAAGCGAGCCGUACACCUGGCCUGUGCCAUCGCCGGUCGCAUUGUCCGUCGUGAAAUCAGCCAGACCCCCGAGAUCACGUUAACCCUCGUACGAGAAGCCCUCAGCAUGGCCGUCGGCAGUCCGCAACUUCGGCUGCGAAUGAACCCCGGCGACCUCAAAGCCCUCGAAGGUCAUCUCGAACCGCUCAAACAAGAACUAAACCGCGCCGGCGAAGCCGAAAUCGUAGCCGACCCCGAGGUAACCCCCGGCGGCUGCCGCAUCGAUACCGGCUUUGGCACCAUCGACCAGCAAGUCGAAGCCCAGCUCCAACGCUUCCCCGCGCCUAUGGGCGCCGUGGCCGCCAUCGAACGCGCGGGCCACGAACCCUUGAUGGCAGAGGUGGUUGGUUUUCAGGAACAACUCACUGUGCUCUCACCCAUGGGCAACCUCUCGGGCGUCCGCCGUGGCGACCGUGUGCGCAUGGUGCGAACCACUCCCUGGAUUCGCGUUGGCCCCCAAUUGCUCGGCCGUGUAAUCAACGCCCAUGGCCGCUGCAUCGAUGGUCGCCCUCAACCCGUGAUGGCCGAUCGCACCAGCAUCUACCGCGAAGCGCCCGAGGCCAUCAGCCGCCCGCCGAUCACCGGCACCAUCUCCACGGGCGUUCGCGCCAUCGAUGGCAUGCUCACCUGUGGGCUGGGGCAACGCAUGGGAAUCUUCGCCGGCCCGGGGGUCGGCAAAAGCACCACCCUCGGCAUGAUGGCCCGCUACACAAGUGCCGACGUGAAGGUCAUCGCCCUCAUCGGCGAGCGUGGACGCGAAGUGAACGAAUUCCUGCUGAACGACCUGGGGCCCGAAGGCCUCGCCAAGUCGGUCGUCAUCGUGGCCACCAGCGACGAACCGGCCGUGAUGCGUGUUCGCGCAGCCGCCGUAGCCACCGCCGUGGCCGAAUACUUCCGCGACCAGAAGAAAGACGUCCUUCUGCUCAUGGACUCGCUCACCCGGCUCGCCUUGGCUCAGCGCGAAAUCGGUCUCGCGGCCGGAGAACCACCCACCACCCGUGGCUUUCCACCUUCGGUGUUCUCGUUGCUGCCACGCUUGCUGGAACGAACCGGACGUGUCGCCCACGGUAGCAUCACCGCGUUCUAUUCCGUGCUGGUCGAAGCCGAUGACGCCACCGAACCAAUCAGCGAUGCCGUUCGCGGCCUGCUCGACGGACAUACCUGGCUCUCGCGAAAGAUCGCCGAACGCGGGCACUACCCGGCCAUCGACGUGCUGGAAAGCAUCAGCCGCCUCAUGUCCCACAUCGUCGGGCCCGACCACCUGGCCGCCGCCCGCAACCUGCGUCAGCUCAUGGGAGCCUACCGCGAUCACGAAGACCUCAUCUCGAUCGGGGCCUACCGUCGGGGUUCCAACCCGUUGGUCGAUCAGGCCAUCGAGAUGCAGGACACCAUCCAACUUUAUCUGCAACAGUCUGUCGCCGAAGCCUCGUCGGUCGAUGUGGCCCGCGAUCAGCUCAUGCAGUUGAUUCGCGUCUCAGAACAACGUCGAGCCAACCAGAUGAGCAAGUUCACCUUCCAAUUCGAAACCCUGCAACGGCUGCGAGAAGCCGCGCGCGAUGAACGCCGUGCGCAUCUGGCCGAAGCCCUAAGGGCCGACGAAAUCUUGCUCGACCGCAUGAAAGAAGUCACGACCGAAGUCGACGAGUUCUCCGCUCAAUACGCACUCCCCAAGGAAGGUGCGAUUCACGUUGAUCGCAUCAUGGAAGCGCAACGCUACGAACUGCUCCUGCGAGCCGAACUGCAAUCUCUGCAGGCGCAACGCGUUCAGGUCGAAGCAGAAAUCAACGUCCGUCGCGAAGCCCUGACCGAGGCCGACCGCCACGUAAGGGUGCUGGAAAAACUAUGCGAGCGACAAGAGCAACAACACCGCCUUGAACAACAACGAUUGGAACAACGCGCACUCGAUGAAGUAGCCAGCCAGCAAUGGUGGCGGGAGGGCGUCGACCUUGCCGCCAUGCAGCAAGAGGCCGUUGAAACGCAAAUCACGCUCAACCCUUCGCAACCUUCAAUCGAAGAAAUCAUCGAGGCGCGUGCCUUGGGAUUACGACAAAUUGAAAUGAAAGAAGUCGCCGUCACCGCGGCCCUGCAGCAAGUCGACGAUGGCUUUCGCAAUCUCGAGGACGACAAGCAGCAAUUCGAACUGGUUCGUGCCGACUUCCAAGAAGAACUCGACACGAUGUACGACGAUGCACUCGUCACCGGACGCGAAGAAGCACGACUGCUGCUGGAAAACCUGAAACCCAAACAAGCCAAAGAACAAAUCUUGCAGAUGUUGGAAAACGGCGAAAUCGAUCAGGUCGUAACGCUGCUGACCGCUAUGCCGAUUUCCAAACGAGGCAAGAUCGCCCGCGAAUUCAAAGCCCAAGACGAAGUCGUAAAGCUGGCGCAAAUCUUGGAACGCGUUCGCGAAGGUGCGCCCGACGCCGACAUCGUGGACGAAGUUCGGGCCGACGAACAACCCAACAAUCCGGUCGAACAACCACAAGCAGCCGCCUCCAAAGAACAACCCGCAAAGCCCGAAGCCACCGACGAGGCGACUCACGAGAGCGAGCCACCCCAAGCAGAAGCUACCAACACUGAAGCGACACAAGAAACCGAGACCUCUGCAGAAGAGCCUGAAGCCGAGGCGAAAGAAAACCCAACUCCAGUCGCCGAGCAAAAAGAUAAGAAAGAAACAACUACCGAACCCGGCGAGGCGGAAACAGUCGUCGUAGCGGCAACAACAGUCGAAGAAAAACCAGCCCAACCGGCCGAAACAAACGCCGAGCAAAAGCAACCCCAGGCAACCGCAACCGAAAAAGUCACGGAAGGCUCCAAACAAGCCCUACCCAAAGCAGGCACCCAAACAGGCGAAGACGAAGCCGAACCGAACACAAAGCAGUCCGUCGCCGAGAAAAGCGAAACUAAGGCCGACGGCGAAAAGCAAUCCAAAGCCGACCAGGUCGUCGCGAAGCUGGCGGAAAAGCCAGACAAAGACGCCACGAAGCCCGUCAAGGCAGCCACAACCGAACAGCCCACAGCGAAACAACCCACCGCAGAAGUGGUCGAUCAACAGUCAUCACCUACGCAAUCCACCGAACAACAAGCCAAGGUAACAACCGACGAGACCACACCAGAGAAAAAGUCCGCAACCACCGUCACCACAAAAGAGCAGGGCACCGAAGCCACACAGGUGAAGCAACAAACCUCACCGCAACCGCAAAGCACCAACCCAGUGGCUGGCCAAGCCGCGGUGGCCGAAGAAGGCAAGUCGAGCAAGCAGACAGAAGCCGAAGCAACCGAUACCGACGAAUCGAAGGACGAUCGCAAGGAAGUCGAAGCCAAGAAGUCGAACCCCUUGCUGAGCAAGCCCUCGCAAAAGGUUUCCGCCGAAAUCGCUCCCCAGCCCACCGGCGAUGCUGCUUCUCAGCCAGCGGCCAGCGCAGCAGCCGCCCAAGCAACCGAAGCACCCAUCGAUGCCGUGGAAGCGACCACCGAGGACAAAGCCGAUCAAUCGACCAAGCGUGUCGAAGUAGUCAGCGACGAUAAGUCCUCCGCCAAGCCCGCGCCGCGAACCUCCGAGAUCACCACCGACUCGGCACCGCGCAACACGGCAGACUCCGUCGAGACCAAGCAAGCCGCCCGAACCGAGUCGGGCAAGCAACAUGUGGAAGUCGAUCGUGCUCGCUUCGUGCAACGGGUCGCUCGCGCCUUCAACACAGUAGGCGAAAACGGCGGCACGCUCCGCCUGCGGCUCAGUCCGCCGGAGUUGGGUUCGCUACGCAUCGAAAUCGAAGUCCGCGGCUCGACCAUGACCGCUCGCAUCGAAGCCGAAACCUCGGCCGCGCGCUCGGUCCUGCUCGACAGCCUUCCGGCACUCCGCGACCGCCUCGCCGAUCAGAACAUCAAAGUCGACCGCUUCGACGUCGAACUGGCCAAUCAGUCGACCGACGACGGCUCACGUCAACCUACCGGUCAGCGCGAUCGCCAGGGCGAACAAUCGCAAUACGGCAGCAGCUCGAGCACAAACGGUACCAGCCCCACCGAACGCGAUUUCACCGAUGCUCUCGGCGGGCUGGACCUUGGCGACUUCUUCGAUCUGAUGAUCAAAGAACUCCAAAACCAGGAUCCCUUGAACCCUCAAGACUCCGACAAAAUGCUGCAGCAGUUCGCUCAGCUUCGGGAGAUCGGCGCCACAGACAAGCUCAACGAGAGCCUCGAUUCAAUGCUCUUGGGUCAGCAACUCACCAACGCCAGCACCCUGGUCGGGAAAGACAUCAUCGGGCUCUCCGACGAUGCCAAAGAUGUCGAGGGAACCGUCGACCGCGUCACCAUCGAAGAGGGCGUGGCCAAGCUUCACAUUGGCGAACAGAAGAUCUCCAUCAAGAACAUCCGCGAAAUCCACGCCAACUCAGCCGGCGAUAGCGAAUAG